AUGACCAAAAGGAUCACUGGGAAGUAUGUGCAGGAAUGUGUUUUAAGAGUUGCAUCUGCUGAUGACUUAGAUCAAAGUGGGCUGCAGCAAUCAUACCAGUUGUCACUGCACUGGGAUAGACUGCACUGGGUAAUCUGUCUUGAUGGACAUGAUUUCACUUUUGGGCACAAGAUAGGCUUUCCCAUUGUAGAAUGUUCCUCUGAAGGAGACUUUAUUCUUUCCAAACCACCAGACACAGGGGGACUAAUCUCUUUUGGCACUGUAGCUGAACAGUUGGUGUAUGAAUUGGGCAAUCCUCAGCGCUAUCUUUUACCAGAUGUCACAUGUGACUUUUCUGAAGUUUCCAUCACCGAAAUUCCAGGUUUUGAAGGUGGGGCAGUGAAAGUUCAUGGCGCAAAAGGAUCGCCUCCUUCAACGUUUUAUAAGGUAAAUGCCACUUACCUUGACGGCUUCAGGGCUACUGCUGUCUGUCCAGUGGGAGGUCCAAAGGCAGUACAAAAAGGAAAACGCACUGCGGAAAGUAUUCUGCAAAGGUUUAUAAUGGAUCAUUAUUGUUAUUGUGACUUUUUAAAAGGGAGCGACAGAACCUUAUCCAUCAGCCUAUUUUUAAAUGGGCAGCAUGUUGAGACAUUUGAGGAGGAUCUUACGUUUACAUCAGAUGAGGUUGUUUCAUUUGAUCCACCUAAGAUUAGUAGUGAAUUGAAAGAUCUGCCAAGCGGUCCACAUACUUAUCGCUUAGAAGAUCUUGCCUAUACUAGAAGUGGAGACAAAGGCAACUCUGCAAACAUAGGUGUGAUAGCUCGGCAUCCCCUCUACUAUCCAUACCUAAAGAAAACUUUAACGGCUCAAGCCCUGGAGAAUUACUUCCAACACCUUUUAGAGCGAGAAAAACCCGAAGAAGAACUAGUAACAAGAUACGAGUUGCCAGGAAUCCAUGGAUUAAAUUUUGUUCUGAAGAAUUCCCUCGGUGGUGGUGGCAUAGCAUCCCUAAGAAGUGACCCACAGGGCAAAGCACUUGGACAGAUGCUGUUGGAUUUCCAGAUCAAAAAUGUUCCUGAUUUAAAAUCACUGAUAGAAUAAUAGGUGUUUAAUACAUAUGCUUUUAACACUGAGUGGUAUCAAACAUGUUAUAAACAAGAACUGGCUUCUUGAGUGAGAUUUUUUUUAAAACUCAGAGUAGAAAUUAGUGACAGUUAUCUCUCAGAGGCUUAGCUAUAUGGCACAGAUUAGCAAAUGUUUUGCAUAAUACCAGACUAAUAGCUUUGUCUGUGACUGAUAACAUUUCCUGUCUAGAUAAUACAUUGGAUGAAGAAUUAAUUUAUUUCCUGUAAAA